AUGAACUGCACUCAGGCUCCUGGCCUUAUCCUCUUGGGAUUAUCUGGCAAUCCAGAGAAUUGGCAGCUCCUCUUUUGCGUCUUCUUUGCUCUUUACUUGCUCGGAUUUUUAGGGAACCUGCUUCUUCUGUUAGCUAUUGGUGCUGAUGUCCACCUCCACACACCCAUGUAUUUCUUCCUCAGUCAACUCUCACUCGUGGAUCUUUGCUUCAUCACCACCACAGCUCCUAAAACGCUGGAGACUCUGGGGACUGGAGAUGGAUCAGUCUCAUUCUCUGGAUGCCUGUCUCAGUUGUAUUUCUUUGGUGUUUUUGCUGACAUGGAUAACCUGCUUCUGGCAGUCAUGGCUAUUGACCGCUAUGCUGCUAUCUGCCACCCACUGCUCUACCCACUUCUCAUGACUCCUUGUAGAUGUGAGGUUCUGGUCAGUGGGUCAUGGGGAGUAGCUCAUUGUGUGUCUUUGACCCAAACCUUGAUGCUCUCUCAGUUAUCUUUCCAUAGCAAUCAAGGGAUUCCUCACUUUUUCUGUGAAUUUGGGCCUCUCUUAACACUUUCCUGCUCAGACACUCACCUUAAUGAAAUCCUGAUGACAGCUCUGGUUGGAGUUUUUGGAAUUGGUGCAGUUCUCUGCAUUGUAAUUUCUUAUGGUUGUAUUUUUCAUGCUGUGGCUAGAGUUCCAUCAGCACAGGGGAAAAGGAAAGCCUUGGCCACAUGCAGUUCCCACCUUUCUGUAGUCCUCCUUUUCUACAGCACAAUCUUUGCUGCCUACUUGAAGCCCCCGUCUAGUUCACGUUCCUCUGGGGAGAUGGUAGCUGCUGUCAUGUAUACCUUGGUAACUCCCACUCUGAACCCCUUUAUUUAUAGUCUGAGAAAUAAGGAUGUUAAAAUUUCAUUGAGAAGGAUCCUCAACAUGGAGAAGUCUCAGGACUAA